UGUCCGUGCUUCCUCGGAGUUUCCUGUCACGUUCUUAUCUCUUUCCUUCAUCUCCUCCAUUUCACUCUUAAAUAACACUACCAACUUCUCACAUCUUAUCCAAAACACACACACAAAAAAAAACUUUAAUUCUUAGUUAAAAUGGAGAAGCCAUUAGUUCAUCAAAAUCCACGUAAAAUUAGAGUGAUGAAAGAACUGGUUGAAGGAAAAAGAUUUGCAACCCAACUUCAAACAUUAUUUCAACAGCCUAUUGCAGAUCAUGGUUCAGUUUCAGCUGAUGAACUUCUUCUCAAAAUUUGGAGGUCUUUUAGUGAAGCUAUCACUGAGUUAAAUACUUGGGGUUUAGCAUUCCAGAUCGAGGAGGUUGAUCAAGCUGAUUCCGAAGAUCGGAAGUCCAAAGAUUCUACUUCUGAAUUGAAGAAGAAGAAGGACAAACAAGGAGGGAAAGAUCGCAGAGGUUGCUACAAGAGAAGGAAAACCUCAGCUUCAUGGAUGAGAGAAUCUGCAACAGUGGAAGAUGGUUGUGCAUGGAGAAAAUAUGGGCAGAAGAAUAUACUCAAUUCAAAGUAUCCAAGGUGCUACUUUAGGUGCACACACAAGCAUGAUCAAGAUUGCAGGGCCGCAAAACAAGUUCAAAUAAUCCAAGAAAAUCCAAUCAUUUACCACACCACAUACUUUGGCCAACACACUUGCAACUCAGUAAAGAUUCCAAAGCAUGAAAUGGAAUCUCCUUCUUUUGAAGUAAAACAAUUAUUGCCCAGCAGUGAUACUAUUGACAGUAGUCAUGAUUCAACAGUGAAUAAAGAAGAAUAUCAAGAAAUUAAGGUACAAAGUGAUGUAUCAUCAUCAUCCAUGGAUUCCAACCUAUGGCAGGAUUUUGCUCAUGAUUCUAUAAUGGCUGAUCAUUCUUCUUAUUUUGAACGAGUUAUUUCUAGUGAUAUGGAGGAUUUUGAUAAAUUUAGUGACUUUCACUUUGAUGAGGCCAUAGAGUUUUCUUGAUUGUUAAUCCUUGUAGCUAACAUUGUAAAAUAAAUAAUUCUGCACUAUUUUGUUAGUAUUUCCAAAUGGAAAUCCUUUUUUUAAGUUUUA